AGGAGACCAGGCGGUGCCCAAUGGAGCCUGGACGCUGUUUGGCGUUGUUAGGAUCAGAAGGCUUUGGACAACAGCACCAAACAUCAUCAGCGGCGCCCUCACCGCCGAAGCGUCAGCAAUGCAGCGCCCACGCUUUCCGCAAUACCACCCACGACUUGCUACGGGACGUUUGGGGAAGAGCUCGAGCUGAGAGCAGCCGAGUGAUGACCGCAAAAGAUGCAGCAACAGCAGGCGCAGCGGGUGUAGACUUCAGCUACUUCGGCGGCGCCGAGUCGCUGUCCGAGGGCAGGUCUCCCCGCAGAACGACAGUGGUGUCUUCCGCAGAGAAAGAUAAUGGCGUCUCGCACGUUGCUCCCCCUCAGAACCCUAACGACUUUCUGUGGAUCAUGACGGAGGAACCCCAUCGUAGCCGGCGUAUGGCAAUAAUGAAGGCUCAUCCCGAGGUUACAAAGCUCAUGGGCUAUGAGCCUAUGACGAAGUACGUUGUGUUCGGCGUGGUCUCACUCCAGCUCAUCACGGCCUACUUGCUGCGGAACACCAAACCACUGUCUCCCCUGUUCUUCCUGUGUGUCUACAUCAUCGGUGGCACAGCGAACCAUAACCUGUUCCUAGCCAUCCAUGAGAUCACGCACAACCUGGCAUUCAAGGGCAUCAAGGCGAACAAGGCACUAGCGGUGUUUGCGAACUUGCCCAUAGGCGUUCCUUACUCGGCUGCGUUCAAGAGAUAUCAUCUAGAGCAUCACAAAUACCUCGGAGAAGACGGCAUAGACACCGACCUCCCCACGCACUUUGAACUGAUCUGUCUCAAUAACGUUCUGGGGAAAGUGUUCUUCGCGACCUUCCAGAUCCUCUUCUAUGCUCUGCGGCCGGGCUUCGUCCGGACGCAGCAACUCACGCAAUGGCAUCUGUGGAACUUGCUCACCCAGCUCACCUUCGACUACCUCCUUGUCAAGACCUGUGGUGUCCGCCCCUUGAUAUACUUGCUGGGCUCUAGCUUCUUCGCGGGCAGCCUGCAUCCCCUAGCAGGCCACUUCAUCGCGGAGCACUACGUAUGGGACGGGCUCCACCAAGAGACAUACUCGUACUACGGGCCGCUCAACUGGUUCGCUUACAACGUCGGCUACCACAACGAGCACCACGACUUCCCCUCGGUGCCCUGGACGCGCCUGCCGGCGCUGCGGAAGCUCGCACCCGAGUUCUAUGACACGAUCCCGUCGCACCCGUCCUGGCCGAUGGUCAUCGUCAACUUCAUCCGCGAUCCGGAGGUUGGCAUCUUCGCGCGCGUCAAGCGGCCAAGCGACUUCCGGGAGAAGCUCACUGCGCAGAGGGCUGCAAAGGGGGACGCCGCAAAGCAGGCUAGUGGGAAGGAGAGCGAUUCGGACGAGGGGAAGGAGUAGAUGCUCUGUGACAUCGAUGUGUCGUCGAGUGUCAAUGAUAUCCGGUGUGCCAUACA